GAUCUUCUCCAGACGUCAAUCGAUCAACAUCGUAUCACUAAUCGACUCUGCAAAAGAAUAUAACAACCACGCAUUUACUAAAACUCAUCUUCUUCUCUUUCUUCUCUUCAUAGACAACCCUUUCUUCUAACCCGUCUCGGCCGGCGAAUGUCCACCCUAUCUCUUGGCCUUCUUGGCUACUCUCCGUGAGACCAAUUACUCCAAUUACUCCCACCAACGGCACGUAUCCACUCGCUAUUCCUGCACACUCAUCAUCAAACGUCAACCCCAUCCCCUUACUCCAGUACGUGCACAAUGCUCCCAUGGUUCAUCUUGUGCCUCUGGGCACCGCAAAUGUGCUGCCCAUACAAGGCCGUAUCGCUAUUUGCGAUGCCCUACCCAUACGCGGCACAACCACCAGCCCAGCAAUGCCGCGGCGCCUUGGCGAUCGAAGGGUGUGUUUGUGUCGUCGUCGUCAGUCGUCAGGUUUGGACUUGGACCUCUCUCUCUUACUCUCUGUUACUUCAUAUUGCUAUACCAACGUCAUCUCACCAUCUCUCGCUCGUUCCUGUCUUUCCCUGUGUUUUCCCAUUCCUUUAUGCCCCGUCUCCUGUGGGCUCUUGCUCCUGCGACUACGUGAACUCGCUCGGUGUACGAUAUCUUUCCGACAUUUACCCCAAGUCUGUACUGUGACGACAAUGCUGUGUUGAUCGAAGCUGCCUGCGAACUCGAAUCUUCCGACCCAUACGGCCUCGAUCUUUCUGUACCUUUUAGCUCUUCUGAACAUAUAUACUCGCGCAUCCGCCCAUCAUGAGAUUAUGGAGCGUCGCGCGCUUUGCGGCAGCAGCUUGCCUUGGUGGCGCUCAACUGGCCGCUGCCAUCGAAUUUGACCCCGCCUCUCCUGCUUCCAUCAAAUCUGCCACGGGCGAGGUGGCAAAGAAGUUGAUGUCAUUCUACACCGGUAACAAGCCCGGCGACACACCAGGCUACCUGCCGGAUCCAUACUACUGGUGGGAAGCAGGAGCUAUGUUCGGAGCCAUGAUAGACUACUGGUACUACACAAACGACACGACCUAUAACGACAUUGUCGAGCAAGCCUUGGUGCACCAGGCCGGCGACGACCGCAACUACAUGCCCAUCAACGCAUCCAAAUCUAUGGGUAACGACGAUCAAGGUUUCUGGGGUAUGACAGCUAUGAUGGCCGCUGAGCGCAACUUUCAGAACCCCCCCAAGGACCAGCCGCAGUGGCUCGCGCUAGCACAAGCCGUCUUUAGCUUGCAGUCGGGUCGCUGGGACACGGAAACGUGCGGCGGCGGCCUGAAGUGGCAGGUCUAUGUCUUCAACAAGGGGUACGACUAUAAGAACUCUAUCAGCAACGGUGCCAUGUUCAACAUUGCGAGCAGGCUCGCGGUCUACACCGGCAACUCGACAUAUGCGGAGUGGGCGGAGAAGACGUGGGAUUGGGUCGAGUCGAUCGGUCUCAUCAACGACAAGGGAGACGUGUUUGAUGGUAGCAGCGAUCUCUUGAAUUGCACAGAGCUAGAUCACACCCAGUGGUCCUAUAACGCAGGCAUCUGGCUGCACGGCGCUGCGAAUAUGUAUAAAUUUACCAACAACUCCGAGAAGUGGCUCGAGCGCUCUACUCGCAUCCUCAACAAGGCAAGCACCCAGUUCUUCUGGAAAGACACAGGUAUCAUGUACGAGCCUUGUGAGGCCACUCCAGGCGAGCCCCUCUGCAACAUCGAUCAGAUGUCCUUCAAGGCCUACCUCUCCCGCUGGCUUGGCGCCACCUCCCGCCUCAUUCCCAGCCUCGCCCCAAAAAUCAUGGGUCUCCUCCAAUCGUCCGCCGUCGCCGCUGCCAAUCAAUGCAUACCUGGGCCUGUCGGGGCCGAAUGCGGCCUGCGCUGGUAUGAGGGUGCCACGGACGGCCGUGAGGGAGUCGGCCAGCAGAUGGGUGCCAUGGAUGUCAUGGGUGCGCUGCUGGUGACUGGUGCAAGGGACCUAGUUACUAACAAGACGGGUGGCACAUCGUUAGGUGAUUAUGGUGACUCGGUGGAUACUGCGGCCAAGGUUCGAGGGUCGAUCGAGGUGACAACUGCGGGGAGAGCGGCGGCUGGUAUGCUGACGGCAGGCAUGUGUGCUCUCGUUGGUGUAGCGGUGUGGUUCAUGGUUGGGUCUGAUGGGUGGGUUGCAUAGAUUUGAUAAGAGGGCAUCGGGUUUAUAUGCAUACUGGUAUUGCCAGUGGGUUGGUUAUUGUAAGUGCUGUUGGAUAUCAUACCAUGUUUUGGAUGAAAGAGUUCAUGUGCGGAUUGCAUAGGGUUACUUGUAGAAACUAAGAAGAGAAAUACGAAUCAAAAGAUAAC